GUCCAACGAAACCAUCACUUUGAUCACUUCCCAUAUACCUUAUCAGUUAGCGCACAUACACUACUUCAUUAGUUCGAUCUAACAGUCAAAAAAACCAACUACCCAUCCCACUCACCCUCCACCGGCCACUCACAAAAUUUUCCGACAGGACUUCCGGCGAAUAAACAACUCAUGCAAUCUGAACGCAAUAUAUAAAGACUCAGAUCCCAUCUCAUCUAUCCGAGCUGCAAAAAGAAAAGCACUGAGUCUGAUGUGAUGAAACUGCUGGCCUGGCAUGAGGCAGGGCUGCUGAGGUUCAGUUAAUGAUCGUCAGGGAAUUGAAGAAGCAUAGCAUUCAAGUUGGUUGGCAAAGGAUCAAAAGCUAAGUCGACAAAAAGAUUACGUAAUUCACAAGGGCACAUCUGAGAUUCACUUCACAAGAACAUAGGAAUUAGGAAAUGCCUCAGUGGCAGAUGAAAGAGGCUGAGCAAAAGCAUGUGAUCUCCAGAGCUCCAUUGCAGGAGUCGAGGAAUCAGAAUUCUGUGUCUCGAAUCUUGUCGAGAUGCGAUGGGAGAAUGGAAGAAGCCAAGAGGAGAAGGGGGAGGAGGAAAGGGAAAGGGGUACAAAUGGAAAAGAUGUUGGAGAUAGGUGGGAAUAAUAAUAAUAAUAAUAAUCCCCCUUCUUCUUCUUCGUCUGACCGGAGGCUUUCUUUCCCGACUAGGCCUGGCUAUGGCCAAUUGGGGACCAAAUGUAUUGUGAAGGCAAAUCACUUCGUUGCUGAGCUAUCAGAUAGGAACUUAAGCCAGUAUACUGUGAAGUUUAGUCCGGAAAUUAAUUCGACUCGAUUGAACAAAGCUAUCAUGACUGAAUUGGUGAAACGCCACAAAGAAACCGAGCUGGGGAAUAGGCUUCCGGUGUAUGAUGGGAGGCGAAUGCUGUACACAGCUGGAUUGCUCCCUUUUAACACAAAAGACUUUAUCAUAACUCUGGCUGAUGAUGAUGAGUGGAGUGGCAUCACAAAGGAGCGUCGAUUUACUGUCACAAUCAAGUUUUCAGCUCAGGCAGACAUGGCUCAGUUGCACAAUUUCCUCGCUGGGAAACAAGCUGAUGCCCCUUUUCAAGCGCUUAAAAUCUUCGAUGUUGUAUUGAGGGAACUUGCAUCCCGAAGGUAUAUAUCUGUUGGGAGAUUCUUCUAUUCUCCUAGUAUCAAGAAACCACAGGCUCUUGGUAAUGGCUUACAGUCUUGGCGGGGCUUUUAUCAGAGUAUAAAACCGACUCAAAUGGGACUAUCACUGAAUAUUGAUAUGUCAACGACAGCAUUCAUAGAACCUCUCCCGGUUGUUGAGUUUGUAGCUCAAGUUUUAGGACGAGAUAUAAGUUCCAGGCCACUGUCCGAUGCAGAUCGGGUUAAGGUUAAGAAAGCCCUGAGAGGUGUCAAAGUUGAAGUUACACACAGGGGAAACAUUAGGAGAAAAUACAGAAUUUCGGGUUUGACAUCACAACCAACCAGGGAGCUAAUUUUUCCUGUUGAUGAGGAAAAGAACAUGAAAUCAGUAAUCGAGUAUUUUCAAGAGAUGUACGGAUAUACCAUUCAAUAUCCACAUUUACCUUGCCUCCAAGUGGGAAGUCAAAGGAAAGUUAAUUAUUUACCAAUGGAGGCUUGUAAGAUUGUUGAGGGGCAGAGGUAUACCAAACGGCUGGAUGAGAAGCAGAUAACUUCGUUGCUAAAAUCUUCAUGCCAAAGGCCUAGAGAGCAAGAACUCGACAUUUUGCAGACAAUUAAGCAAAAUGGGUACAAGGAAGACCCCGUUGCCAAGGAAUUUGGCAUCAACAUUGAUGAUAAGCUAGCAUCAGUUGAAGCUCGUGUUCUCCCUGCCCCAUGGUUGAAAUACCAUGAUUCUGGAAAGGAAAAGGAAUGUCGACCUCAGCAAGGUCAGUGGAACAUGAUAAAUAAGAAAGUAAUUAAUGGAAGCACUGUCAACCACUGGGCUUGCAUCAAUUUCUCGCGUAAUGUCCAGGAAAAUGCUGCUCGUGGCUUUUGCCAACAGCUGGCUCAGAUGUGUCAAGUCUCUGGAAUGGAAUUUAAUUCUGAGCCAGUCAUCCCGAUCUAUUCGGCUAAACCAGACCAGGUAAAGAAGGCUUUGAACUACGUUUAUAAUGUUGCUGCCAACAAACCCGGAGGAAAAGAACUAGAACUACUCAUAGCCAUUCUUCCAGACAAUAACGGUCCUUUGUAUGGUACUCUGAAGCGAAUUUGUGAAACAGACCUCGGACUGAUAUCGCAGUGCUGCCUCACGAAACAUGUCUUAAAGAUCAGCAAACAAUACCUGUCAAAUGUAUCGCUUAAGAUUAAUGUGAAGAUGGGAGGAAGGAAUACUGUGCUUUUAGAUGCCUUACGAUGGAAAGUUCCUCUGGUAAGCGACAUCCCAACGAUCAUAUUUGGGGCUGAUGUUACUCAUCCCGAAUCUGGAGAGGACUGUAGCCCAUCAAUAGCCGCUGUCGUGGCCUCGCAAGAUUGGCCCGAAGUUACCAAGUAUGCGGGAUUAGUGUGUGCUCAGCCACAUCGACAAGAACUCAUCCAGGAUCUUUACAGAACAUGGCACGAUCCUCAAUGGGGGAAAGUUUCGGGAGGCAUGAUUAGGGAACUUUUGCUGUCAUUUAAGAAGGCCACUGGACAAAAACCGCUGAGGAUAAUAUUCUAUAGGGAUGGUGUUAGUGAUGGGCAGUUCUAUCAGGUUCUACUGUUCGAGCUCGAUGCUAUCCGCAAGGCUUGUGCAUCGUUGGAACCGGGUUACCAACCUCUGGUUACUUUCAUUGUUGUCCAAAAACGUCACCACACGAGGCUUUUUGCUAACAACCACAAUGACCGAAAUCAUAUGGACAGGAGUGGGAAUGUGUUACCUGGUACUGUGGUGGAUUCUAAGAUUUGCCAUCCUACAGAAUUCGAUUUUUAUCUAUGCAGUCAUGCUGGGAUUCAGGGGACUAGUCGUCCUGCACACUACCAUGUUCUUUGGGACGAGAACAACUUCACAGCAGACGAAAUCCAAUCUCUGACAAACAACCUUUGUUACACGUAUGCACGAUGCACUCGGUCCGUUUCUGUUGUGCCACCUGCAUAUUAUGCACAUUUGGCGGCUUACAGAGCGCGGUUUUAUGUUGAUAACGACGCCCACGAGAACGGCUCGAACAGCUCGAUGCGCUGCACGCGCACCACGAAUGGUUCCGGGGUGCGGCCCCUGCCGGCAUUGAAGGAGAAGGUGAAAAAUGUAAUGUUCUAUUGCUAGGCAAAGAGCAAAAUAAGGUCAUAUAAGUUUGAAUUGAGUAGGAAAAAAAGAGCUGGAAAUGUUUAUAUAGUAGGGACUAGAGAGUCCUAAAUCCUAAUGUAUGACAAAUUUUGAGUCUCAACUCCUUAACCAAAAUUUCUAUGCUUGACCUGGGCAAAUUAUACCAUGGAUCAAGGUCCAUCUUGCAUUGUGGACAUGGUCUAAAAUGAUAUUCAGAUUAUGUGACUGUAUUUAAUACAUUGUGUAUCUUUAGUUAACAUAUUAUGUACCUAUAAAUAAAUUGAAGACACCGGUUGUUAUGUCA